AUGUCUCAGGUCGCGGGUUUCCUCGCAGAUCUGCCGAGCCGAGGCCACUUCACCCGGACCAAACCCGGCCCUACCUUCCUGUCCCCCGCCACGCCCUACAUCGCUAGCCAUGACACAGACCCGCCCGCCAGUCAGGUGAUCAAGUCGGAUCCCACCAGCAUCCUGGUCCGGGCGCUGCAGAGUCGAAAGGAGGAGGCGAAGAGGAAGCAGGGAGGGAAGGCAGCAGCUGACAAGGGCAAGCGCCAGCUGGACGACGGGCCCGACGCGCCUGGCCGGGGCGCCAAGCGGGCCCACGAGGGGGCGGAAGGCGCCGGUCCCUCCGCCUCGAGGGCGGCCGGGGGCAGCCCCCUCUUCCAACCCAGCACGGUGACACCUGUCGGGGGGCUGCCAUCGCCUUCGGAGGCCAAGUUCAGCCGCCUCGCGCUGCAGGCCUGGACGCUGCGCCAGCUCCAGACCCUGCUCAAGGCCUGGGCCCUGCCGUCCAGCGGGAAGAAGGACGACCUCGUGGCGCGCAUCCUGCGUGCGCAGGCCGCCGCUGGCGACGGCGGGUGA